AUGAAGUACUUUGCAUGUCGUUUGGAUGACCACAAUGGCUUUGGUUUACUUAUCGGUCACACACUUAGCUACUUCACUGCGCGCCGGGCCACGACGAAAGGCUUUAGCACUGCGACGCCGAAAAGCGCCGGCAGCGGUACCGAUGGUGAAGACGCCUUCAACUUUCAUGUGCAGUAUACAGUGACGCUGCCGCAUGUCUUCGGUUUUGCCCCGAAGUGUUUUAGCAUGGCCAACUAUUCUCUUUAUGGAGUGGACAUGGCAAUCAUCGGCGGUAGCAAUGGCGUGCUAGGUGUAGUGGUAAUGCACGAUGGCAGCAUUGUGUAUGCACCGGAUCGCAGUCCCGAGGUAAUGAAUGCGAACAAUCAAAGAUCAGCGACUACAACAUCCGUUUGGGCUCUAUCGUGUGCGGCCAGGAGCUUACCAUCUGUGCGAAUGCUUGAUACAGCCUCCACACUCAAGCAGGUGGCUGGUGCCACAUCAUCACCACCUUUUCCCCAACCAAUGCCUCUUGCAGACAGAGGUGUUGGUACCGUUACUUGGAUUCAAAACGACGCGUUGGUGUUCGUUGGAUUUACGUCGGGUCAAGUUGAGUGGUACCGUGUCACCACCCGCAUCCGCCAACCAGAAAGCAAAGAGAAGAGUUCGGAAUUGAUUAAUAUCGGUACAGUUGGAAGGCCAACACGUUCGGGGUGUGUGACGGGAGCUUUUCCGGCGAAUGGAGAUAUGUUUGCAGGGAUGACUAAUCCUAGUGGCGCGAAUCAUCGGACCUCAGACAGCUUCCCACACCAUCAAAGUACAUGGGUGAACAGACAGAGUAGGAGAGAGGGUGCACCGCAGUUAGGUUCAAAAGAGGAGCAUAAGGAUGGUUGGUUUGUUGACAUCUGCAGCCACUACUCAAGUAAUUACUUUGCGGAAACUGGGGGUUUUGUGACAAGCGAAUAUUUCCCCGCCACAGGCCUUGUGCUUGCUGCAGCAGAGCGGGCGCUCUACGUGUUUACCAGAAAGCAGCCUGAGACAACGCUUUGCUGUGUGCCACGCACUGGGUGCACUUACAUUUCCUGUCAUCCUUCUCUUCCUCUUGUUGCGUGCCUUGGUUGCGGAAACAAAACACCAAAUAUCAACGGAGAUCCUGGGGAAGGUUCAUGUGCUCUACAAGUGUUAGAGUGGACGGAUGAGGGAGAGAUGUGUCCAGUAACAGAAAUUUGUGUUUUGACGCCAUCUAGCGACUCAAGUGCACGCUGUUGUUCCCACCUGAAUUGUUCGUGGAAUCAGGGCGCCGAGCUGCAACUUGCGGUGUGCAACAUGAAGGAGUGUGCCAUUCAGUUGUUAAAUCUCUCGCGUGCGGAGGAGUGGGUACACUGUGAGACAGUACCAACUGCACGCCGUCGCUGGUAUGAAAUAAUCUUCAACCGCGAACUGCACCACCCCUUGCGUUCACUCGUAAACGCAGAGUUCAUAUUACCGCGCGUGCUUGAGCAAGACCGAAAGUUGGCGAAACCACCAGCUUUCGCCAGUGACCCUGCCGCUGGUUGCCAUGAACGAAAGGGUUCGCAUCCGAGGGAUUCUUUGGAAACCAAACGGGGUUCAACAGCAACCCUUAGCAAGGAGGCACCCCCCGCGUUGCUUGCACCGAAUCCAGUGCAGGAUGGUGAGGGGUGUCUUGUUAAGAAUACAGUCGCUGGAGAUGAACGAAGCACCCAGUCUCGAACCAGUGAGAUCGCCCCUUGCCGUGCAGUGCCGUCAGUAAGCACUGUCCCUCACGUAAUUGUUGUGAACACUGUUGGUGAAAUUGCGGUAACUCCCCUUCACACCGAGACAAAAGUCGCUUUCUUCGGAUUGAACAGUAUUGUUGCGGGUAUCGGGGCGACUGUUUGCGCAAUCAAGACACCAGCCAAGGAAACUAGCAUUAGCGGCUGUUGUGCGGGAGCGCCGACUGCGACGAUUACUUUAAGUGUGCCGUUUCCUUCAAGGAGUGUUCCGGUAACCGCACGUGAAGAGCAGGCCCGUGCCAGCAUGGCGGACACGAUUGACAUCGAAGAGCACAUGAGGAAGCGCCUUGCGGCUGGAUUUGGAGUUCCUGCGGCAGCUAAUGUGGAGGCGUUGACCAAGUUGAACGGUACUUCCGCCUACGAUGUGGACGAACGUGUUCUGUUUUCGUAUAUCGCGAUUAUGGAGAAAGUGGGACUGGUGCGGUGUGAUGGUCCGGUACCUAGUAUCGUGGAGUUGCUCACUCUUCGUGGCGCACCGAACACUACGCAACUCACCGACAUGGGUUUAUUGCCGCAUAAUACAGCUGUUGUGUGUCGGUCAUCCACUUCACAGAAUGACUCCAGACGUUUGCUACUUCUUCACUUACUCAACUGGAUUCCCUCACGAAGUGAAUCUCCACAGCGGAACCAGCAAACUCCUGCCACACGAGCGGACGUGGAGCGCGCUGUUGUGGUGGAUGUGCUGCAUCGGCAGCGUCUGCGUGCUGCUACAUUUCUGCGCCAGCAACUUCACAUAGACUCGAACUACAGCAUCGUGGCUGGACUAAUUGAAAACUAUGACAAAGUGGCUAGUGCCAUGAAUGAUUGUGCGGGUGAGGUUCGAGAACCCUUUCUUCAGCGUUUGAGUCCUUGGCUACGAGUUGUCUUCACCUUCGAAGCUGACAAGAUGGCUGUUUACAAGAAUGAGGCGCUGCCGUUCUGGGAUCGAGUUGCCAUUGCACUCAUUCUGGAGCACGACACAAAACUUCUUGUUGAAUUGCUUCGUAACACUUUUGCGCCUUUGUGUAAUAUGGUUCAGGAACUAUUGUUGUUUGGAGGUAUCUCUGCAAAAACAUGUCAACUUAUGCAAACAAUCGUUGACUGCACCGGAGACUUCCAAUUAGCGGCGUGUCUCUUCGCUCGCAUUGGAGUCCACGCGACUGCUACUAGGGGAACGGUCCGAGAAGGUGAAUCUGCUUUCAACAGGAAUGGUGUGCACGAUGAUUCCAGCUGGUUCAAGGAGAGCAGUACUGGUCGCCGGGACGAAGUCAACACUGUGGCCAACUAUUGGGCACUUUGGUCGGGAGCAUAUCGUUCGUUUCUUGACAAUGAACGGGAAUUUGUUAAGCGAGUUGUGUUUGACCAACAGUGUCAAAACUGUAGCAAGUUAUUAUAUUCUGGCGAGCAUGGGACACGCACAAAAAUAGAAGUGUUGGAGCGAAGUAACAGCACUGGACAUGCAGCUGGGGGCCCCGUGACAACAUUACAGUUGCCGGUUGCCAAUCAGCGUCGUUGUUAUGUAUGUUCUUCCUCUGUACGGCUGGGACCGCUGAUGGCAAGGAGUAGUUACGCCCACUGUGCAGUCUGUGGACAUGGUGGCCACAUCCAUCACCUUCAGGCGUGGUUCCUCGCUCACCAGAAGUGUGCAGCUGCUGGGUGUGGCUGCCACUGUGCGGUGGACGGUCAUGUUUCAUAG